AUGUCUACCAAGGCGGACACAACCCCACCACAAAUUUCCUUCCCCUUCGCUGCCAAUUCCUCGUUACCCCUCCCUGAAAAUAUGCCUGCGGUGGAUGAGGUUAUAAGUCGGUUGCCAGGCCGUUCGGGGGAGAGUGUCAUUACCACCCUACUGAUACCUAACCUUCACUGCUCCACCUGUAGUAGUACCAUCGAGGAAUCGCUCUCCGGGUUGUCCCCUCCCCCGCUGGCUAUUUCUAUCAGUAUCCUGGACCACAGUGUCACCGUCACGCACACUCAGCUACUCUCUCCGCGGGAUAUCAUUCGGGUGCUGCUGGAGGUGGGCUUUGAGCUUGACAGUGUAUCUAGCUCGUCGGGUUCCGGGGGAUCAAUAAUAGGGCCGUCUUCGAGUGGUCAUAUGAUUACUUUUCAGGGAAAUGCUUACGAUUGGCUGGAGGAUAUGCGGGUGAGGAUUAAAGAAGUUAUGGGGAAGAAGAAUGCUGGGAGUGAGAGACAUUUGGAGAAUUGUGAGAUGUGCAGGAGUGAGGCCCUCCGGGAGAAGGGGUUUUCUUCAUAUCAGUCUUCGGUGGGGCCUGGCUCCGAGGGCGGUGCCACGGCUUGGGUGGGUCCUGUUCCUCUUGGGGGGUUUGUGGUGACUGAUACAUCCGGAAAGGUGCCACUUUCGAGGGGAAACGAGGUAUCGACGGACGGGAGUGGUGUCGGAGAUAUUCAGACUCCCGGACAUGUUCCAACAGACGUGGUGUACGAAGCCGUCAUGUCCGUUGGUGGGAUGACUUGUGCUUCUUGCACUAAUAGGGUGACUGAAGUUCUGGAAGCCCUCCCGGCGGUCAAGUCGGUGAGCGUGAACCUUAUGGGUAACAGCGCGACGGUCGUGUUCGAUGCCAGGGAAACAGGCGGAGCGGAGCCGGGAGCACAGAAGCUUGUGUUUGAAGUGGAAGAGACGGGCUUUGAAUGUUCGCUUGAGACACUCAAUGCUUUAGGGGGAGAAGCGGGUAUUGUGGUCAGAGGGCAGGUGGGGGUGGAGAGAGCGGUUACGCUAAAGGUUGAAGGAAUGUUCUGUGAUCACUGCCCGGGGAGGGCCGUUAGUGCACUAGAAUCCUCAUUCCCGGAUGAGUUACUUAGCAUCGUUGCCCCUAUUACUAGACAAUCUGGGCUUAUUCAUAUCAAAUAUACUCCACGGCCCCCUGGCUUUACCUUACGACACAUCACCGCUGCAAUAUCGUCCGUCUCCCCUGGGUUUGUGGUAUCGGUGUACCACCCUCCAACAAUGGAGGAACGCUCCCGCCAGUUGCAACUUCGUGAACGGAAUCGCCUACUCACCCGGCUCAUAAUGUGCUUCAUUAUUGCUAUUCCUACCUUCAUGAUUGGAAUAGUCUGGAUGACCCUGGUGCCUAAGGAAGAUCGAGUCCGAAGGUACCUGCAAGAGCCGAUGUGGGCCGGAAGCGUUACUAGAAUAGGAUGGGCCUUGCUCUUCUUAAGCACACCUGUCAUGUUCUUCGUUGCUGAUGUAUUUCAUAAACGCGCUAUUCAUGAGAUCAUGGCCUUGUGGAGGAAGGGGAGCAAUGUACCAGUAUUGCGAAGAUUUUACAGAUUUGGGAGUAUGAACCUGCUGGUUUCGUUGGGAGUUUCGAUAUCGUACUUCGCUAGCGUGGUGUUGUUGGCUUUGGACGCUGUGACAAUGCCCAUGAUGAAGGCUGAGGGUGUUAGCCGACAUGAGGGGGCACAUAUGGGAAUGGAGGGUAUGGGUGGUAUGGAGGAGCCGAAGCGCCGGCCGCACACUACUACCUACUUUGAUUCGGUAGUUUUCUUGACAAUGUUUUUGCUGAUCGGCAAGUGAUGGCCUCGGCACUGCUGUUUUGGCAUUUUCUAACAAUUGAUAUAGGCCGGUUCUUGGAAGCCUACAGCAAGAGCAAGACUGCAGACGCAGUCAAUUUACUCCGGGGAUUGCGACCAUCUGAAGCUCUUUUAGUGGUGAAAGCUGAUCAAGUCGACGUCGCGGCGGAUGCAGCAACUUUCAAGGACAAGGUUAACCGGUCACCGAUCGGGGAGAGUGACCCAAGCAAUUCGGAAUACACGGACAGCAGAGCUUGGAGAUCUCGAAAGAUUAGCACGGAUCUUCUCGAGGUCGGUGAUAUAGUUAGCGUGGUACGGGGCUCGGCACCGCCUGCCGAUGGAACAAUCAUAUCUGGUCACUCGCAGUUUGAUGAGUCUUCAUUAACGGGGGAGGCGAGGCUGGUUCCGAAAUCGGAAGGCGAUUUUGUCUAUGCGGGAACCAUUAACCAGGGCCAAGUUGUCAAUAUACGGGUUGAUUGUAUCGGAGGUCACUCAAUGCUGGACCAAAUUGUCAAGGUCGUUCGCGAGGGCCAAACUAGGCGUGCACCUAUUGAACGCCUGGCCGAUAUACUAACUGGCUAUUUUGUCCCCGUCGUGACUUUUCUUGCUAUCACAACGUGGCUUGUCUGGCUUGGGUUGGGUAUAUCGGGCAGUCUUCCUGAUUCCUACCUGGAUGUUGAUCAUGGAGGGUGGGCCGUUUGGUCCCUCGGAUUUGCCAUCGCUGUAUUUGUCAUUGCGUGCCCAUGCGGAAUCGGCCUUGCGGCACCAACUGCUUUGUUCGUAGGCUCCGGGUUGGCGGCAAAGUUUGGUAUUCUGGCGAAAGGUGGCGGCGAGGCCUUUCAGGAGUCUGCAUGGUUGGACUGUAUUGUCUUUGAUAAAACUGGAACUUUGACUCAGGGUGGCGAACCGAAGGUUACAGAGGAAAGGAUACUCGUUGAGGGUGAUGAAGCUAGGAGGAUUGCGUAUGCCAUUGCACACAAGCUAGAGGGAGGAUCUGCGCAUCCACUCGCUGCGGCUGUGGUCGCACAUUGUGAUACGAAGGAGAUGGUUGACAUUUCAGUGGUGGAGACUGAGGAGACACCUGGGAAGGGUUUGAAUGGCGUAUUUAGGCUGCCGGAUGGUGACGUCUUCGAGGGAAUUAUUGGGAAUGAGCGGUUCAUGCAAGAGAGUGGUGUUGCUGACAUCGGGCUCUACACAAGCGUCUUAGAUGGUUGGAAACUGGCGGGCAAGAGUGUUGUCCUCCUAGCUAUCAAAAAGCGUGGCGCCACCGACAAGGGCACCUUUGAGCCGGAAUACAGACUGGCGGCCCUCUUCGGUGCUUCUGAUCCACUCCGCCCGGAAGCGCUGAAUGUUGUGUCGAGUCUACGGGAGAGCGGCAUAUCAAUUUGGAUGAUUUCGGGUGAUAACGAGAAGACCGCCGUCACGGUUGCUGCGAUGGUAGGAAUUCCAGCGGAGAAUGUAAUCGCGGGAGUACUUCCUACCGAAAAGGCAUGUGUCCUUCUCACAAGUUUUGCGGUUAUCCUGCUCAUGUGUUUCUAGGCUGAUAGAAUCACCAUUCUCCAAAACACUGCCCCUAAGCGGCCUCGCGCCCGCUGGCACCGUUUCUUCCACCAUAGGGACUCCCCAAAAUCCAAACGAGCAAUAGUGGCCAUGGUCGGUGAUGGAAUAAAUGACGCCCCUGCACUCUCAAUGGCAGACGUAGGCAUUGCCAUAGGCUCAGGCUCGGACGUAGCAAUCUCUAGCGCCAAAUUCAUCCUCGUCUCGUCUGACCUCCAAUCUCUGCUCACCCUGACUGAGCUUUCUAGAGCAGUAUUUAGGAGGGUCAAGUUUAAUUUCUUCUGGGCAUGCAUUUACAACUUGAUUGCUCUGCCCGUGGCAGCAGGGGUGCUGUACCCGGUAUCCCAACGGCGCAUCAGAUUAGACCCUGUAUGGGCUGCUUUGGCUAUGGCAUUUAGUUCGGUUAGCGUAGUGUGUAGUUCAUUGAUGCUGAAGACUAGAUGGUGGGGUGUUGGCUUUCGGCCUAAGCAGGAGAGG